GUUUAUCGAAACAAUACCAACCAUAUCCGGUAACGUCAUCAACAGCUGUAAACCGGAGGACCGUUGUGAAGUGUUUUGUUGUCUCAAAUAUGAUCUGAACAUGAUGGAUAAUAACUGAUACAACCAUUGGAAUCAUUAUUUGGGUGUUAUUGACGAAACCGGUCGUUUUUGGCUCGUACUUCCUCAAAAAUAAUUCCUGGAACACACUGGACGUGGAUACCGUUUUUUUUGCCUCGCCGUCAGCGAAGUAGCCUACCACAAACAUCAUGUCUACUGCUGUUCGAGAUGCUGCCCGUGUCCCAGUAAGAGUUGCUGGCGAUGGCAUGGAAACUGAGAAAACGCCCUCCACCCUGGAGGUCAGCACAGACACACUGUCACCAGGUCUAUCGGCCACUCCCUACAGCAAGGCAGAAAGCCCCAAACACAGCCCCAAGUUGAUCAGUCCUCCUCUCCCUGUCGGCCCGCAACCCCUUGGGGUGCUCCACUUGGGCAAGGUGAGUAGGGAGACCUGCACGGAGGUCGAGGCCAUAAGGAUUGUCGUCCCUCGUGCUGCCAUAAGUAGAAGCAGCCGCAUAACCGAGGCGAAAGUAGAUGCCGGGCAACAGGUGGAAGAGCGAAGUUCUUCCCCUCAGCCAUCGGUGGAUGAUUGGAGAGGACAGCUGGAGAAGCUUCAGAACUCUGAACGCAGGCUUCUACAAGACAAGGAAGGCCUCUCCAAUCAACUGCGUGUGCAGACAGAGGUGAACCGUGAGCUCAAGAAACUGCUGGUGGCAUCCAUGGGCGAUGACCUGCAAUACCAAUUUGAGCGUCUGGCCCGCGAGAAGAAUCAGCUGAUUCUGGAGAAUGAGGCUUUGGGUCGGAGUCUGUCUCACACGGCGGAGCAGCUGGAGCGCAUGAGCAUCCAGUGUGACGUCUGGAGGAGCAAGUUCCUGGCCAGCAGAGUGAUGGCAGAGGAGCUGACAAAUGCCAGAACAGCUCUACAGCGUCAGACCCGAGAGGCGCAGGGCGCCAUUCAGGACCUGUUGUUGGAGAGAGUUGAGUUCUCGAGGGAAAUGGCGCUCACACACAGGUGACAUCUACAGGGAGGAGCCCCCAUGGCUCAAAAUGAUUUCCAUGUUUACUCCCCGAGCGCACAGCCGCUCAGCACGGGAGAGGUGGCGGCGGCCAAUCACAAACUAGCGGACGCCAUCAACGCUCACCUGUUGGGCAAUACCCGCGGCGGUGUGGUCAAAAGCAGCAGCGCCGCGACGGCCGAUCAGCCGUGCAGCACCCCAGCAGAGAAGAUGGCCGAGAAGGUGCUGAAGAUUUUGGACCCCAUUUCCUGCGGGGAAAACAAGGCAGAGUCUCCGCUCAGUGACUCACCCGCCUCAAACUUUCUGAGCAGUAAGAAGAGCAUUGGCAGGUUUCACCCGUACACUCGCUAUGAGAACAUCACUUUUAACUGCUGUGAACGCUGCCGCGGAGACAUCCUCGUGCUCUAGACCGGCGUCACCAUCGCAACCAAUCACGUCAGCAAGUCAUCACCAUUGUAUCAGACGUUGGGCCGCGCCAUCUUUUUCCAACCAGGGAGCUUUAAGUUUUUAGCAAAUGAUUUGCAAAGCAGUUAGCAGGUUUAUUUUAAAUGGUUUCCAACAAAUGCUGUCCACAGAAAUGAGCCUUUCCCAACCUUCAGGAAUCUAAAAGUCUCCGUUUUCAGUCCUAUGUCAGUGUUACACAUUUUUUUUUGUACUGGAUUUUGCAGGAAUUUCUCGCUAUUGAUGGCUAUCGCCGUCUCUCACAUUCUUAUAGGAGAAUUUGGUGCUUCUUGAUUUUUUUUUCCAAAGAUGAGUCUUCACAUCCCAAUUCCUGAUUUUAGAAUAGCAUUAUUUAUAAUAGUCAUGCAUUUCAGAGCCACCACAAGCCGGUUCAAACUGCUGUAUUUCAAUGUUGUGCUUAAACCCGAUUAAGGACCUUCUGUUAACCUUUAUGGUCAUGUUUUGGGGUUAAUCUUUUUGCAUGUUGGGAAGUGAUUAAAAUGCAGGUAUAUUUUUGAAGCUGUUACAGAAAAUUUGAGUUGACAUGCAGAGGAAAGUUGAACUUGUAUUUCGAUUUUCUUUAUUGUUCUUA